CUCUUUUGAGGAACGAGUACACGUAUGAAGAUGAAGGUCGGGAGGAUUUUCGGCAGUCUUCAUCGGGCGUACUAGAUGAGCGUGAGACUAAAAGCAAAAGGAGUCGAAGGGCGCAAAGUCUGUGGAGCGAGUACCUGGAAAUGCAAUCUGCGCUUCAAGACGAUUGCGGAGAACACCACUUUUUAAG